UCCUUCCAAAUUCCUAGGUCCAAAUUCAGCGCAGCCCAGUCCAGCAGCGCAAUCCACAGCCCACAGCCCACCUCACCUUAAUUCAGUCCAGCCCAGCCCGCCAGCCAGCCCACCAGCCCGCCAGCCAACCCUCGCCCCCUCCCCAGGUCCUCUCGAUUCCCGUCUUUCUUUUUCUUUUAGCUCGCCGGUUCUCCUUUCUCAGGACGCAACCCCUUAUGAGUUCUCAGAACUCGCGCCUGAAGAUAGGCUUUGGCUUUGGCAAACGCAAAUCGACGGCUGUCAUACAGCCGACCGACCUUCCGCUCCCCGUCUCGUUCUCUCAGCCUCGUACCCCGCCUCUGGGAGGACCUGGAGCCCCCCCUCAAAUACCGCCGCUGUUCCCGUCCGGGCCCGCCCCCUCGAUUGCUUCCACAUCCUCGCAACAGAGCCUCCAAAUGAAUCAUCCAGGUGCUGGUCCGCGACCACCCAGCUACUCGGCAAACUAUCCCCAAGGCCCUCCCGGCCCCGUCGAUCGCAACAGUCCUCUGGCUCAAGGCCAACCCCGUACCCCACCGUCGCAAAUGGUCGGUGGCCCUCCGCCUAUCAACACGGGCGCUCCCCCCGUCUCCGGGUACCCCCCGCCCGUUAUGAACAUGCAGGGCAACCCCGCUCCCGUCCCCGGCGGCCCUCCGGGCUACGCUGGCGGCCCUGGCUACCCCCAGGCGCCUCCUCAGCAGCAACAACAGGCUCCUUACACGCGCAAUGCUGCCGCAGAGGUCGAGGGCAACAGCCGGAGUAAGGCCCAGCUGAUCGUCGGCAUCGACUUCGGUACUACAUUCUCGGGCGUCGCUUUCGCUUUCGCUUCGAAUAACGAGGCAAAGGAAGACAUUAUCACCGAAUGGCCCGGCGCCGGCUCAUACACCAAGCAAAAGAUCCCUACUGUCCUGUACUAUGACCAGUAUCAGAAGGUUGUGGGCUGGGGCCCCGACAUUGCCGAUGCCCUUGCCCCCACCGGAUACCCCAAACCAGGCGUACAAAAGGUUGAGUGGUUCAAGCUUCAGUUGAUGUUGUCUGGCAAUACCUACAUCGAUCCUAUCAACCUGCCGCCUCUCCCUCCCGGAAAGUCGGAGAUCGACGUGGCUGCCGAUUAUCUCUUCAAACUCCGCCAAGCGAUGCGCGCGGCCCUCCAGAAGACACUCGGCGAGGUGUUCAACCGCGAGGAAAGAAACAUUCGCUAUUAUCUAACCGUGCCUGCGAUUUGGAACGAUGCUGGAAAGGCAGCUACCAGAGCUGCUGCCAUUCAGGCCGGCUUCCUCCGCGACGAGAACGAUAAUCGCCUGACACUGGUCAGCGAGCCAGAGGCUGCGGCUCUGUUCUGCUCCAAGACGGGCCUGCUGAACCUCAAAGUUCACGAUGCUCUCCUCAUCGUCGAUUGCGGUGGCGGAACUGUCGAUCUUAUCGCCUACGAAGUCGAGGACGAGAAUCCCUUCACCGUGGCCGAGUGCACGGCCGGAUCAGGUGAUUCGUGCGGCUCGACUGCCUUGAACCGAAAUUUCAGCAAUAUCCUCCGGACAAAGAUUCGUAAGAUGAAGCUACCGGAUGGAUCCAAGACUGCUGGUCGUGUCUAUGCCAAGUGCAUUAUGGACUUUGAGAACAGAAUCAAGGCCGAUUUCCGAAACAACGGCCAAAAGUGGGCUGUUGAUGUUGGCAUCGAGGCCGAGUUUCCCGAGGCUGGCAUCGAAGAAGGAUACAUGACCUUCACAAACGAGGAAAUCCUCCAGUGCUUCGAACCUGUGGUCAACAGGAUUCUAGAGCUGGUCCGGAAUCAGAUCAUUGCCAUCCAGGCGCAAAACCGUACGCUCCAGAACAUCUUGGUUGUCGGUGGGUUUGGCGCUUCGGAGUACCUCUUCCAACAGAUCAAGCUCCAUGUCCCGCCGCAGUUCCAAUCCAAGGUUGUUCGGCCCAUGGACUCGGUUGCUGCCAUUGUCAAGGGCGCCGUUACUGCCGGUAUCACGGAAAGGGUGAUUACUCAUCGCAUUGCGCGUCGUCAUUAUCUCAUGGCCACCCUGCAGCCAUUCAAAGAGGGCUACCACCCCGAGGCAUACCGCGUGCCGUCGCUCGAUGGCAAGGAUCGAUGCAAAUUCACGCGACAAAUAUUUGUCCAGAAGGGCCAAAAGGUGAAGAUUGGCGAGCCUGUCAAGGUGUCAUUUUUCCGGCAAGUGGCGCCUGGUGCCACUUUGAUGUACGAGGACAUACUGUAUGCCUGCGACGACGAUGUCUGCCCAGAGUACACAAAGGAUCCAAGAAUCAAGGAAGUUGUCACGCUCACCUCGGACCUCUCACGCAAAAAUCUGGAGAAGGACUUUGAGCGAAUGGACACGCCGCAAGGAACAUUCUACCGUGUUUAUUUUGACAUCUACUUGACGCUAGAUGGCUCCGAAUUCAGCGCCGAGCUUGUCUGCCAAGGCGAGGUCAUGGGCCGAUGCCGCGCCCGAUUCAGAUAGGGUGGAAGUCGCAUUUGACGGAGUUGUUGCUUUUGAAUUUCCAGCGCAUCGGAUCUCCAAUGAUACCUCUUGAUUAGCGACGUGGAUGUGUUUUGGCUGGGUUUGGUCGGCGAGCAGCAGUGGGCUGGGGUGAAAGGCGGUCGACGCUCAGGGGGGUAAAGGCA